AUGAACAAUCAGUCAGAUGACGUUGCGGCUUUCAUAGAAUCUCACUCCCAAGAGUACUUACCAAGAACUCCUCCUUCGGAUAAUGAAAAUGGUUGCAAGUAUUUAGCACGCACUAGUAACCAUCAACACCAGUGUGCUGGUACAAAGUCGGUCAAUAUGACGUCUGUUGGUGUGCCUUCUUAUAUGGACAAGGAUGUCAAGUGUACUACUGCUAUCCCUUAUACCCUUUAUUAUGGUACAUUUAUCCAUACUCCCGAAUUAGGGAAAUUGGAGGUGUUGAACAAUACUUUAAUCGGGGUCAACUCCGAGGGUUAUAUUGAUUUCAUCCAAUCAGAUUUUAACGAAGAUGAUGAUGAUCCAAUCUAUUUCUUUAGAAAUACUUAUAAAAACUCAGGGUCUUGGAAACACUUUCAAUUUUAUGACUUAAGAGAUACGUUCCAGUUUGUGGUUCCUGGGUUUGUUGAUACUCACAUCCAUGCUUCUCAAUAUCCAAAUGUUGGUGUGGGGUUAAACAUUCAAUUAUUGGAUUGGUUAACUAAAAUCACUUUCCCCUCAGAAAAUGCUUUGGGAGAAAACAUGUCUAUGACUCAUCAAGUUUACUCCAAAAUCAUCAAAAAGACUUUGAGUUGUGGUACGACUUGUGCUUCAUAUUUCACCACCAUCGACCAGCCAUCCACAACAUUGUUUGCCAACUUGUUGCUACAAUAUGGACAACGUGGGUUUGUGGGUAAGGUGUGUAUGGAUCAUAAUCCAGUGUAUCCUGAUUAUGAAGAAGAUAUUGAUAGUUGUAUGGAUGGAAUGAAGACAUUAAUUGACGAUUUGGAACGCUUGAACCCCAGUGAUGAAAUCUUGGUGAAACCAAUCGUUACUCCCAGAUUUGCCCUUUCUUGUACAGAUAAAUUAUUAUCUGAUUUAGGGAAAUUAAGUAAGGAGAGAAACUUGAAUAUCCAAACUCACAUCAGUGAAAACGUUAAAGAAGUGGAACAAGUCAAACAACAAUUUCCUAAUGAUAAAAAUUAUGCCCUGGUUUAUGAUAGACAUCAAUUAUUAACUGAAAAAACCAUUUUAGCUCAUGGAGUAUAUUUGGAACAAGAAGAAAUUGACUUGAUUAAACAAAGAAAAUGUUCACUUAGUCAUUGUCCUGCUUCCAAUACGUUUAUUUCCAGUGGAGAAGCACCCAUCAAGAAGUAUUUAUAUGAAGAUGACAUUAAUGUUUCCUUAGGUACCGAUGUUUCUGGAGGGUUUGAACAAUCUAUCUUGGGAGUUCUCAAACAAUCUAUCUUGGUGAGUCAUCAUUUAUCUAUGAAGUUUGAACCUAAAGAUGAUGACAAGAAGGAAAAUGUGAAAUUAUCUGUUGCAGAUGGAUUAUAUAUGGCAACAUUAGGAGGAGCUAAGGCCGUCGGGUACGGUCAAAUGCUUGGAUCCUUUGCCGUGGGUAAGAAAUUUGAUGCUCAGCUAAUUGAUUUGGAUAGAGGCAAUAUUGAUAUGUUCAGUUGGCAACACACUUUACCAUGGAAGGAUUUAAUUGCCAAAUGGGUAUUUUCUGGUGAUGAUCGGAAUUGCAUCAAGGUAUGGUGUAAUGGUAGACUAGUUAUUCUGAAAAAUUAG